AUGGAAAUCUGUACUUGGAACGACUUUGCCAUCAAGGCAGCGUGGGACCCGAACACGCCAAAGGAGAUGAAGCCUGGCGCGAUUUACUCUGCCUCCAAAGCUGAGGGCGAGAGAGCUGCGUGGAAGUGGAUUGAAGAGAACAAGCCCGGAUACUCGUUCAACACCAUUCUACCCAACUUCAACACCGGAGAAAUCCUCCACCCCAACAUCGGUGGCUCAACCAUGGGAUUCGCGCGGGAUUUGCUCAAGGGACAAGACGAAAUAUUCAACGGCUUUAUGCCCCAGUGGUACGUCGACGUAGCUGAUGUCGCGCGGCUUCACGCCAUCGCCCUGCUCGCCGAGCCCGUCAAGUCCCAAAGAAUCUGGGCCUCCGCACACCCUGUCAACGCAUCCGACUUCAUCGACGUCCUCCGCGAGCUGAGACCGGAUAACAAGCUGAUUCCGGAGAAGCAGGCGAAUGAGGGACGUGAUAUUAGCGAGCUUCCUCCGGCGGCCAAGGCUGAGAAGUUGUUGCGGGAGUACUUUGGACAGGGCUGGACCCCGCUUAAAGAGAGUUUGGCUGCGGGUAUUCGUGACUUGUAGAUCUGUAGACUUAUAGGACGAUGAUCAAUCUAUACCUGAUGUAGCCCUUACUCGGGUUCAGCAAUGAGGAUUAGGUUAAAUAUGGAGUUGGAAGAUUUUGAUAGACCGACUAGAAGCUAUCAUAUCUACAAGAAUCGAAUGAAUACUUACGAGACACAUAUAGCUCCACCUUUCCAGGAUGGAGGAAUCCAAGUCCAAGAAUCGGGUUAGAAUACUCAAAAGUUGAACGUUUCAAGUCGAAAAGGACUCGAGGAGUGCAUUACGUGAACCCACGCUAAAACCUUGAAGUCGGAAAUUACGAAAUCUUGGAGAUUCCAAAUAAGAUGAACAAAAACCAGUAAAGUACAAUGAAUUUUUUUUUUUUUUUCAAAUUCUGGUUACU